CGUCAAUGGCCAUCAACAUUGACCUGACAAAAGCCGCCAUGAAAUUCCAGCCAACUCCCCACAUCUCAAUCGCUAUAUUAACCAAUCUUCCAGGUGUUUCUUUCAUAUAUCAAUCCAUAGAAGAAGAAAAAAAGUACGAAAAUGGCAGGAAUUCGAAGAGUCAAACUGGGUUCACAGGGUUUUGAGGUAUCAGCUCAGGGUUUGGGUUGUAUGGGCAUGUCCGCUUUCUAUGGAGCACCCAAACCUGUACCUGACAUGAUCAAGCUCAUCCACCACGCCAUUGACGCAGGCAUUACCUUUCUUGACACCUCUGACAUCUACGGCCCUCAAACCAACGAGAUCCUUAUCGGCAAGGCUUUGAAGGGAGGGGUGAGGGAGAAAAUGGAGCUGGCUACCAAAUUUGGGAUCAAAUACGAUACUGAUGCGAUGGAUGUUUGUGGAGAUCCGGCCUAUGUAAAGUAUGCUUGUGAAGCUAGCUUGAAGAGACUUGGCGUUGAUUGUAUUGAUCUUUAUUAUCAACACAGGAUUGACAAUACUGUUCCAAUCGAAAUCACGAUGGGAGCAAUGAAGGAGCUGGUGGAAGAAGGGAAGAUCAAAUAUGUUGGAUUAUCGGAGGCAUCAGCAUCAACCAUCAGAAGAGCUCAUGCUGUGCACCCAAUAACAGCCGUACAACUAGAAUGGUCCUUGUGGUCAAGAGAUGUUGAAGAAGAUAUCAUUCCUACUUGCAGAGAACUUGGGAUUGGUAUUGUUACAUACAGUCCUCUAGGACGAGGGUUCUUCUCAUCUGGUCCAAAGAUGCUUGAGAAGUUGGAAGAUGGUGAUUUCCGUAAGUACUUGCCAAGGUUCCAAGCUGAAAAUAUUGAGCACAACACCAAAAUGUUCGAGAGGGUGAAUGAGAUGGCGGCAAAGAAGGAGUGCACCCCAUCACAGCUAGCAUUGGCUUGGGUUCACCACCAGGGGAAUGAUGUGGUGCCAAUUCCAGGAACUACAAAGAUUGAGAAUCUUGAACAGAACAUUGGAGCUUUAUCUGUAAAGCUAACACCAGAAGACAUGGCUGAACUUGAAGCUAUUGCUUCAGCUGAUUCAGUCAAGGGGGAUCGAUAUGGUGAUGGUAUUUCAACAUUUAAGGACACCGAAACUCCUCCAUUGUCAUCUUGGAAAGCUUGAUUAAUGCCGUGAUUGAUAAUGUUAUGCUUGAUCAACACUGCGAGUUGUUUGUUUGAAAUGUAAUUGUUGUCCUGUAAGAACCUUGUUUCGUGUUUAUUUUGGUUAAACUCGAUCAGGUGUGUGGUUUUACCAUUGCGAUGUAAGUAUAUGAGUUUUCGAGAACCAUAAAUAAUAUCUUAUGAUUUCCCAGUUUAGAG